GCAGGCUGCAAUUUGUUGGGUUGUUGUUGGGUUGCAAACGUAUAUAGGGCCUUGGCAAACGUCAAGGGCAAACGUUGCAUAUGCCGAUGUUGAGUUUGAAUGUUACUUCAACUUAGUGUGCAAGAAUCUUUGAACGCCUGCAACAAUGUCAUGUAGGAAAGCCUGGUGACAAAAGGAGCAGGCGAACCUUGUCCGCUGCAAAAAUGCCAGAGCCGUUGCCUGUAGAACCGCUUUCAUCGGUUGAAACUAAUACUUUGCUCGGCUCAGAUCAAUUAAAAGAGGUGGAUGAAUCGGUUGAAAAGGUUGACGAUCACGAGCAAAAUGAUUCACCUGUGAAGAGAAAUGACCUCUCCAAUGAGGCUGAGACUGCAAGUGACCACAACGACGAUGUCAAAGCUGAUCAGCUUCUGCCGUUAUCGACGAAGGACAAGUUCAAGUGGCCACGGAUGACUAAGGAAUACCUGAAGAAGCUAUGCCGAGAAAUGAAGUUGUACAGCACGCCAUAUCUUAAUGACGUACUCUAUCUUCAUUUUAAGGGCUUCGUCAAAAUCGAGAACCUUGAAGAGUACACAGGUCUGCGCUGUCUUUGGUUGGAAAACAACGGGAUAAGUAAAAUUGAAAAUCUUGAGCACUGUGUGGAGCUGAGAUCUCUCUUUCUACAUCACAACCUGAUCAAGACGAUUGAGAACCUUGAUGCUCUGGUGAAUUUGGACACGAUCAACCUCAGUCACAAUGCCAUCACGCACAUCAGCGGCCUCAGCUGCCUGCCGAAGCUGACGAACCUGCAGAUCACGCACAACAGGCUGGAGGAAACGGACUCGAUCCGCCAUCUCGUGGACUGUCCUUCCCUCUCCGUCGUCGAUUUGUCGCACAACCGUCUGUACGAAGAGAAUAUGAUUGAGAUAUUCAAAAGCAUGAAGGAGCUGCGGGUUCUGUAUCUGGUCGGUAACCCAGGCCUGAGAACCAUCAAAGAUUAUCGCAGGAUCAUGACCGUCGGCAUCAAGAAGCUGUCUUACCUGGAUGAGCGGCCCGUGUUCGACAAGGAUCGCGCCUGUGCCGAAGCGUGGGCUCGUGGAGGUCGCGAGGAGGAGCGCGCUGAGCGUGACCGCUGGAACGAGAGAGAACGUAAGCGGAUCGAGGACAGCGUGAACGCUAUAGCGUCGCUGAAGACGCGCAUACGACUUUAUGCAGACGAUGACGCAAAAGAGAAGGCUGCAAAGAAGGCUGCAACUAAUCUCGCCAAAGAAGAAGCUGAAAUGGCACAGGAGGCAGGCCAAGACCUUCAGAAACAGACAGAUGAUACGAUGGCUGAACGAGAAAAGGAGUCUGUUUACGAUGACAUGCCUCCACUUGAGUCGGACGAUGACGCAGCCGAAGAGCGUUCGACCGAGUCUGCCGAUAAGUCUGUAGAGUCCAAGAAAGGCGCUUCGGUCGAUGCCGUGAAAAUUCCCGAGCAAGAAAUUGUUGAUUUGACUCACUUGAAGGCUAAAGAUCCCACGACAUUAGAGCAGCCAGCGACUGACGUUGAAAACCGCCAAACAAGGUCAAUCUUCUCAUCGUGCGCAGAGUCACGUCGCAGAUGGGCAGUUCUCUCGGGAGAUGAUAUGGGAUUGGAGGAGCCGAACAAGGAAACGCCCCUUAUUUCUCUAGUGGAGAAAACAACAGAUGGCGAAACUCACCUUAUGGAAGCAAUUCAGACCACUCAUAAGGACGUGCAAGACCGCGUUAUGAGGGAAGGUGACGAGAUAGAAAUCACAGAGACUGAAGAAGAAGGCGGCUCUUGUCCUCACCAAUCUAAAAUAGUCGAGAUAUCAGAACUCAAAAAGGAGAGUGACGAAAAUGAACUAAGGCUCGCUGACGUGUCCGUCUCGGGUGGUAAAAUAUACGCAUCCGAUGGUGCUCCCUCACUACAAAGUAUAGCGAGAAACGAAAGCGACACAGUGAACAGUGCUAAGAAUGAUCCGACUUCUGCCAAAGAUAUGGAAGAUGACGAGGCUGAAGUUAUCCAUCGAGGCGGUAAAUUUACAAUACCACAAAUAAUCAUCACUCCACCCCAGGAAGACUCUGCGCCUGAGGCCGGUACGGGAGAAACCGACCACAGCUUCUUCACCCCGUCGUAUCUGAUGCAUGCUGAUCAGAAGCACCUUGCUCCCGAGGGUCCCGCCCAUCCGGAGCCUGCCAGAUACCCUGCACAUUCUGAGCUUCCCGCCGAGAACGAGUCAACAAGAGAAGAACCGAUUCAUUCAGUAGAGGGAAACAUUGCGGACACAAAGGAUUCCACCAAUCAGGACGUGAACACUGUCGCAGCAGACACCAUGAGUCACGACGUGCCACAAGAUGUUUCAAAAGCGGAAGCUGCCAGUGACGAUGAUUCUUCUGAGUCGUCUGGUGAGUAUUAUGAUGACGACGAGGCUGAUAUUACUCUUGCCGACGACCAAGAUCCGAUGGCGGGAGAGGAGCAGAACACGUUGGCUACAUCAACUAUUAGCGAUAACUUUUCUUCACAGUGUAGUCAGAGUGAAACAGGGGAAAACGACUCUGUGAUUCGAGAUGACAGCUGGCUGCCCUUUGUAAGGAAGGGCGAAAGCAACACUCAUGCAACAGCGCUGCAAAGCUCCCAGCACGAUAACCUGGGAGGUUAUCCGUUUGGCAACGCAGAAUUGGCUAUGGAUCUUCGCGUCGAGAGCAUGAAACUCAAACUGGAGAAGGCGCUGCACGAUGACAGCGAGGAUGUCGAUGAUACCCCGGACUCUGCUCGGGGCGACUCGCUUCAGACGGACUGCCGGCCCCUCUCGGCCGCCACCAUCCGACGCCAGGUCACUGAUGACAUCUCCUCCAUGUCUGCUGCCGCCGACGUUGAUGUCAAGCUGCCGGAGCCGACGCUGCGGCAGAUGGGUAUCCAGCUGUUCGGUGUCGAUGACGACGACGGACAUCGACAAGCCGAGAAAGUGGUGUGCCUCUCGAUGUCUACCGAAGAGGUGUUGAUGCAGCGAGACGACGGCGACGAGGAUAACACGUCGACUACUUGUGUAUGUGGGGACAGUCGGGACCCAUCGCUCGCCUCGUGUGAGUCGCUCAGUCUGGCCGAGGCUGGUCUUCUGGAGCCAUCUCCGAGAGAGACGAGCAGUUUGUCCACGGCGUGUCUCUCUCCCGACCGCGGUGAUGGUGACCUGGCCACACUGAGUCUCUCCGUCGUCAGUGAUGGUGGAGAGGAGCCCGGCAGCGGUCGUCGACCCCUCACAGGGGACCCGUUCAUGUCAUCAGUUGGCGACGGAAGCCCGCUGGAUGUUGGAGGGAAGUGCCCCUUUGGUGGCGAUCAACCAAAGACGGCAGCUUCAGCGGACUCAACAGCUUCAGAAGAGGACGUAGAUCUUGGUGCGAGAGCAGAUAUAUUGGGCUCACAGCCGCUGGUUACCGACUUUGAGAUGCUGUCUGACACUCUGCACGCGCUGACAGUUGAACAGAUCCUACGGGAUCGCAAAGGUAGCAGCCAUCGGUCAGAUGAAGCAGAGAGUUCUGACGGACUAGGGCAGGACGCGUCUGUUCAGGGAAUACCGCAGUCACAAGACCAGGCAGACGAAAGAGGAUACCAUCCAUCGUCACAAAACGACAGUUGUACAGUAGAGUUCCACCUAAAACACGACGUAUCGACACCUACCUCACACACUCACACCUCUGCAACGCUCAGCUUUUCUUACGAGCGCCACUCUGUGACAUGCGGCGACUCGACGCUGGCUAGCAUCUCGGGCGACCGUCUGAACCGCGCCUAUCUGGGCGGCGACUCGAGCGCGCCGCUGGCCGCCUCGCGCGAGCCCUCGCUGCUGGUUUCGGACACCUCCACGACCGGCGAGCCGUGGACGAGCGGCGGCGACGGCGCCGAGUCGGACGGCAUGCUGUCCGCCGACGGCGAGCCGGACGACCCAGCGGACAGCGAGUUCGACUCGGCGCAGGAGGAGGGAUGCCCGACGCCGCCGCCCAGUGUGCUGGGGGACGGAGGGCUGUCGCCGAUCGCGGCCGGUCAGCAGCCCGCGGACGACUACUCUCUGCCGGCGGGCUACAGCGUCGCCGCGUCCGCCUCCUUCCUCGCCGGAACGGACUCGCCAAUCUCACCCCGUGACGACGCGGCGGUGUCUGCAUCGAGCACUCCCCGUCAGCAGAGUCCGACUGAGGACCGGCAGCCGGAGCCGGAGACGGAGCCCGGUCCGGAGACCCCGCGUGGACCCGGACUGGGAGAGGAGGCGGACCACGGACCCGGACUGGGAGAGGAAGCGGACCACGGUCUCCAACAGUAGACGGAUCAUCCGUGCCGGCGGCUCAUCAGGUGUAACCAGUCCGCGACUGUGAGCAGACCUCGGCGUGCUAUGUGCUCCGGCCGCGUCUCACCGCUCCUCUGACUGCCUUCACCUGCCCCAUCAUGACUCUGAAGCUGGUGCGGACGGCGCCGGCGCGGAUCGAGCGGCGGCGCGUGCCCGGCCCCCCGGCGGCCGUCUGUGUGCCCCUGCUCUGUGUGCUGGCGCUCAGCUCGCUGGCAGUGAUGGUCACCCUCAGUCGGCAUCAGGAGGGCCCGGCCGCGCCGCCGCCGCCACCGCUGCCGGCCGGCCGCAGCCGCCUCUACCCCCGCAACGGCUCGCUGCCCGGACUGGGGACGUUCCACUACGUCAUCAACACGGACGCGUGCGCCGCGGAGGAGGAGGUCACCAUGCUGAUCGUGGUGACCUCUCACGAGGGCAACCAGCGGCUGCGGUCAGCCUGGCGGCGCCUGCUGCCUGCCGAGGAGCUGGGGAGACUCGGAGCGCGGCGUGUGUUCCUGCUCGGCCGUCCGUCGCAGCAGGAGGGCUACACGAGCGUCAACGAGAGUCUGGUGGAGCUGGAGAGCAGCCAGCACGGCGACAUCGUGCAGGGAGACUUCAGCGAGAGCUACCGAAACCUGACGCUCAAACACCUGAUGGGCCUGCGCUGGGCCUCCGACUACUGUCCACAGGCGCGCUAUGUGGUCAAGAUGGACGAUGAUAUCGCCGUAGAUGUGUAUCAGCUGCAUGAUAAACUAACCGAGCGCUAUGCGCCGCGCGACCUGCUGCUCGGUCUCAUUCACUACGACAUGCAGCCAGUGCGCGACCCGGCCAGCAAGUGGUACGUGCCGACGGCCGAGUACCCUGGAGAGUUUUACCGGCCGUUCCUCUCCGGGUGGAUGUAUGUCGUCUCACAGGAUGUGAUCACUCGCCUGCUGGCCGCCGCCGAGCGCCGAGCGAACUUCUGGAUCGACGAUGUGCAUGUGACGGGCACGCUGGCCAGUGACGCGGGUGUGAGGCUGAGCAGUCUCAACGCAUACUACACACCUCACGCGACGCAUCUCGAGUGUUGCGCUCGUACGGAGGACCUCCUCUGUGACUACCUGGUGGGGCCGGCGGGUGGUGACGAGGCGCUGUUGUCGGACUUUCUGGGCCAGGCGCGCGGCUGCUGGCGGACCGGCUGUAUGCGUAGGAAGCCGGAGGUGUCAGUGGCUCGGACCUGUGUGGGUACGGACAAGUACCGGCACCGAGAGCUGGGUCAGGGCACGGCAGAGGUGGUGGCCGUGAGCUGGGGCGCCAGCUGACCGCUGGGUGGACGGCGGAGGGGCAGGGGUGGGGGACAGUGCGUGGUGAGAGGAGAACUCAGUGGGUGGACUGCAGUAAUGAGCUCUGAGCGGCGAGGGCCGUGAUGUGAAUAUGGUGAAGAACUGGUGAAAACGUCAGCCAGUAGAAUCAGUAAGAUCGUGCUCGGUGGCUGAUGCGGGCAGCACAGUGGCUUACAUUCAGCUACACCUUUAACUCGGCGCUUCUGCGUGCGGCUUGUAUUUGCUGAUAAGUUGCUGAUUACCAGGGAUGGUUCAGGAUUGCCAUAUGCGCAUCAGCUCUUUCAUUGUGAUCAUAGGGUCAUGUCGCUUAUUAAUAUUAUUUGCAAAUUAUCGUGAUCAUUUAACUGCAGCUGUAUAUCACUUACUCGACUCUUGUGGAUAUUACGUUUAUUCGGGCAGUGGGCCGCCUGUGCCGCCCUCCGUGCUCGCACUGUGUUUCGCCGUUUCUCCGUCGGGUGAUCGCACCAUGGUUCGCUGUGGCCGUCCGAGCUCGUGUUGGCGGCUCUCAUGUGAUUGGCGUCUAGUCGGACGGGAUCUGGCGCGUCUGUGUUCGUUUGCCAUUGGCUUAUAGCCGAAAUAAGACGCCAAUAUACGUUCUCUACGUUCUGUCUAAA